GUGGGUUACGUUGGACGGAAAUGCGGGAGUAGGUGGGCGGUUUUUGCUGGGUUUAUAAGUAUCCUCGAGGGGGAGGAAGCCGUUUCUUUUUCUUCAUCCACUCCUCCCUCUCCAUUCUCUGGACCAAACUCUCUGAGAUCGAGCUCGAUCCAAGGGGAUCUCGUUCUCUCUUGUAUGGCAGCCAAUUCUAAGGGGCGAGUGCUCGCGGGCAGCUUCGGGAAGCGACUCGUGAACCAGAUCUGGGCGGCCGGUUCUCGGGAUCCACCUCCCUUCCCCUACUCCACUGCCUCGGCUUCUAGGAGGGGCGUGCACGUGUCAACGUACGACAAGAACGUGGACGAUCAGGUGCGGCCAAGCAACGUGCCGGACGAUGUGAUCGCGGCGCAGUCGGACAAGUACUGGGGCCCGCAUCCUAAGACCGGCGUGUUCGGGCCCGCCGACCAGAACUCCGCCCCCGGCGGGGAUCCCACCGCGCCGGCCGGGAAUGGUCCCUCGGUGCUGGAUCAGAAGGCCUGGUUCCGCCCCCUCGAGGACGUCGACAAGCCUCCCCACACCUGAGCCCGUCAACGGGCCGAAGCUGGAGAAGACGAACAUCGAGCACUUGGUGGGCUCUUACUUCCGGUUCGUGUUCCUCCCGUAGAAGUACCGAAAUAAAAGCAUAUCUAGUAAAUGAUAAGCGCGCGUUGUUUACAUGUACUGGACCUAUCGUAUUUAUGCUUUGGAAGGAUGACGGUGAUGCUGAUUGACGUAUUUCGAUGUACAAUCUUGCUACCAUAUUUCGGAAAAGUUGUGAUUUCCUGCUGCA